GUAGGAAGUACAGCUUUAAGAAUGGCAUCUCAAAGCGGUCAUGUAGAUAUAGUGAACUUAUUACUUGCUAAAUCGGCUGAAGUGAACACCCAAUCUCAGUUUGAUUAUACAGCCCUACUUUAUGCCAGUCUAAGAGGACAUGUAGAUAUUGUAAAAACAUUGUUAGAGAUAGGUGCAGAUGUAAAUGCAACAAAUCAGGAAAUGUCGAAGAGCCGUGGAAGGCUUCCUGAUGCCGACUUAAAAACUCUUCAAUAUUUCCAUGUCAGGCUUAAAACAGAUCUUUGUCCUUUUCCACUGGCAGACCAUUUAUAUCAGAAGGGAGUUAUCGAUGAGGAGGAGUUGGAUAUCAUAACAACAACGAAAGAACGAAGUGGGCGUGCCGCAGGCGUGCAAAAAAUGCUGGAAAUUUUGCGAUUUACGGGGAGACGGGCAUUCCAUUUGUUUCUUGAGUGUCUUGAAAAUAAAGAUGUAGGAUAUGAAGAAUUGGCUAAAGACCUUAGGAAACACAAACAGACUCUUCUGUCCGUUUGA